CGUUCAGAGCGAAGGUAGCCCUAUGGGCCUUUGUAGAAAAGUCGUAAAACCCUAAACGCACUUCCUCGCGAGCAAGCGCAGCUGGCAUAGGAGGCUAGGAGGGGCCCGAUCCCCUACUCCUCCUCCUCCUCCUGCGCUGCCAUGCCCAAGGUGGUGUCCCGCUCCGUGGUUUGCUCCGACACCCGCGACCGGGAGGAGUACGACGACGGCGAGAAGCCCCUGCACGUUUAUUACUGCCUGUGUGGGCAGAUGGUGCUGGUCCUGGAUUGUCAGCUGGAGAAGCUGCCCAUGAGACCUCGAGACAGGGCCCGGGUGAUUGAUGCGGCCAAACACGCCCACAAAUUCUGCAACACCGAAGAGGAGGAAAACGUUUAUCUCCGCAGGCCGGAAGGCAUUGAACGGCAGUACAGAAAAAAGUGUGGAAAGUGUGGACUUCUUCUCUUCUACCAGCACCAGCAGAAGAACGCCCCAGUAACAUUCAUUGUUGAUGGUGCUGUGGUCAAAUUUGGACAGGGCUUUGGAAAAACGAACAUCUACACCCAGAAGCAAGAGCCACCCAAGAAGGUGAUGAUGACCAAACGGACGAAAGACAUGGGCAAAUUCAGUUCGGUCACAGUCUCCACCAUUGAUGAAGAGGAGGAGGAGAUUGAAGCGCGAGAAAUUGCCGAUUCGUAUGCACAGAAUGCCAAGGUGAUUGAGAAGCAGCUGGAGCGGAAGGGCAUGAGCAAGAGAAGGCUGCAGGAGCUGGCUGAGCUGGAAGCGAAGAAGGCCAAAAUGAAAGGAACUCUUAUUGAUAACCAGUUCAAAUAAGGAACAUCGAUAUAGAGGACUAGCCAAGAAAUGUCAUUUAGGAAGCAGGGACAGGGGGAAACAGAAUACCCCUUCAUCCUUUUUUAAUCUGCCCUAUGAAAUCACUAAUUUGCUUUGUUGAUUCUACCAUGGAAGAUGGAACUGCUCCAUUGUUUUUAUGGAUUUUGCAUUUUAUUCUGCACACCAUGUUUUUAAUGUAUUCGGAAACUUUUUGAGUUAUACUUCCAUUGAAUUUUACUUCCAUUGAAUUUUACUUCCAUUGAAUUUUACUUCCAUUGAAUUUUACUUCUUCCACUGCAGAGCUGAGAGGUAUUAGUUUGCCUCUGUUGUGCAGUGUUUUUAAAUUUUUAUAAUCUUCAUAUGUACGUAGAAAUUUUACAUAUUGUAAGCAUUGUGUUGCCGAGGCGGAAACAAUGUAUAUAGAGAAAUAAACCCCUAACAAGUUG